GCGCCGACUCCCGCGGGGGGCGCUCCUACAGACCGUUGAUCGGCCUGUGAAAUCGCUCCCUCAGGACCUCCCCCCUCCCCACCCCUACGCCAACGGUUCUUGCGGCGGCGACUCAUGUGGGGGUUCGGGCUCCUGCGGUCGCCGCCGCUGCUGCUUUUGCUGCCGCAUUUCGGAAUAGCCGCCUCACGCUCUCAGGCCGGAACCAUGAACUUGGAAGGCAGCAGCUCUGCGAGAUGCUCCCCCUCCGCCGAGGGGCGUCGGCACCAGUGUCUGCAGCUGUCCACGGUGCCGGGAGCCGACCCGCAGCGCAGCAACGAGCUGCUCCUGCUGGCGGCGGCGGUGGGACGGGAACGGCGGGAUCUCUCUGGAGACCGGGCGGAGGAGGAGCUGCAACCGCCACCCCAGCAUCACGUUUUGUAUUUCCCCGGGGAUGUGCAGAAUUAUCAUGAAAUCAUGACCCAUCAUCCUGAGAAUUAUCAGUGGGAAAACUGGAGUCUAGAAAAUGUUGCCACCAUUUUAGCUCACCGGUUCCCCAAUAGUUAUAUUUGGGUGAUAAAGUGUUCCCGAAUGCAUUUGCACAAAUUCAGCUGCUAUGACAAUUUUGUAAAAAGUAAUAUGUUUGGUGCUCCAGAACAUAAUACUGACUUUGGAGCUUUUAAGCACCUUUACACGUUAUUAGUUAAUGCAUUUAACUUAAGUCAGGACAGUUUGCUAUCAAAGAAGAAUGUGAAAGAUAUGAAUGAGGACUCCAAAGCAUCUAAUUGUAGAGCCAGUUCCUCUCAUACUACUACUAAUGGUUGCCAGGGAGAAAAAGAGAGCCCCUGUGAAAACUUUGAGUCUGCCAUGAGUUUUUAUCCACCAUCACUAAAUGGUGCUUCUUUUACUUUGAUUGGAUUCAGUAAAGGUUGUGUUGUUUUGAAUCAGUUGCUUUUUGAACUGAAAGAAGCUAAGAAAGACAAGAACAUAGAUGCUUUUAUCAACAGCAUAAGAACAAUGUACUGGCUGGAUGGUGGUCAUUCUGGAGGAAGCAAUACUUGGAUUACUUACCCAGAAGUCUUGAAAGAAUUUGCACAAACAGGGAUUAUUGUUCACACCCAUGUAACACCUUACCAAGUACGUGAUCCAAUGAGAUCCUGGAUUGGAAAGGAGCACAAAAAAUUUGUUCAGAUACUUGGAGAUUUUGGUAUGCAGGUGACUAGCCAAAUACAUUUUGCAAAGGAAGCUCCUUCCAUAGAGAAUCACUUCAGGGUUCAUGAAGUAUUUUGAGACUAUAAGAGUAUUAAUGUAUUUGUUUAAAGAGAAGAAGCACUUUGAGUUUUAUAAAUUCAGAUAAUGACAUGUAAUUCAUAGAUAAUGUAUCCAUUUUGGGUGGAAGGGAACAUACAUUCCUAAAAUAUAAAUGUAAUGUGCAAUAGUAUUUCUUGCUUCUCUGAAUGUGAACCGUUUUUAAUUUGGACUGGGUUAGAAUUAGUUCACUUGAAAUCUAAAAGGUGGUUUGAUAAUCCUAUGAGGAGAUAUAAGACCCUUAAUAAUGAAAGUUACAAUACAGUCCUUGUAAAAGGUAAUUAAAGUUAGUUUGAAAGUUUAUUUUCUGAGUAAUGUCUAAUUUUCGUGGUAUUUUAACAGUAAUUACCAAUUUUGGCAUUGAAAACUCUUAAGUAGAAACACUCCAUUUCUCUUCAAAGGCACACAGAUAUUUUCCAUCGUUUUGGAAUAACUGUACCCUGCCUUUAUGUUUUGUCAACUCAUGGAGUCAUUCUUUAGUGUGCCACGAAGUGUUUUUUCUCAAGUCAAAAUAUAUUUGUUUCCAAAUACCCAAGAACAUGCAGUAGUGUAAAGUUGGUUUUUAAAAACAUUACACUUAAGCACUAUGGCUAAAUUUUUAAUUGACGACUUUUGGCUAAGACAUUUUGGAGUUUCUUAAUCUUGGCCAAAAACCAGUUCUUUUGGGAAAAUUGUUUUAAAAUGAACAUAAUUAUGUAAAUUGGAUAAAAAUAUAUUACAGAUUGAAAAUUUUUUCAUAUCAGUCUUUUGAGAUCAUUUUAGGUAAAAUAAAUAUAUAAUAUUCUAUUUGUUAGUGCUCUGUUGACAAGGGGACAGAUUCUAUAGAUCUAAGUCAGUGUUUUCUCCAGAAGCAUGAUUUUUGUCUGCCAAAAGAAAGCAGCUCUCUUUGGCUGGAAUACAAAAAUUAUAUUGCUAUAAGAAAAGUUACAAGGGAAAGUUUGAAGACAUAUUUUAAUUUUGGCUCAAAAACUGAAUUUGCUUAACAGUGCUACAUAAUUUGGGUGAGGUUUCCUUCUGCCUGUUUUUCUUGACCUAGAUAAAUACUUUUUGAGAAACCAAGAUUUAGUUAAUGUCAACCAACACUGAAACAUAGCUGUGUGGUUAAAGUAAAAGGUGAGUGGUCACUUUUUUAUUGUUUAAUUGUAAUUAGCUUUUUCAGGGCAUGAAAUAAAGCAGGGAAGAAGUAACAUGCUGCUUUCAGACUGAAAAAAAUAAAGACUGAAGCUUAGUAUCUUAAUAACCCAGAGGACCUAAAUUUACAAAACCAUGUAGAAUGAAAACGUUGUUUUUCCCCCCAGAAUAUUUAAUGUCUCUAUAAAUGUAUUCCAAAUAUUGGGACUUAAGAUUCUUAGCAAAUGCUUAAAAGUAACAUUCUUUAAUUCUAAAAAUUAGAGUAGUAGUUCUCAAUUUUUUAAGACAAAGUAGUUUUAUAGUGCUUCAGUUUAUUUAAAUUCCUGUUCGACACCAAAAAUUUGCAACGAGUCAGCCUGAUUCCAGUAUUUUAUUAAAGUAUCAUAAUUUGCUUCUUUCAAUGUUUCAUUAUCCUUGGUUAAAUUCAUGUGUAUCUGAUGUAAAAUAGCUAAGUUACUGAAUGCUCUAAUGAGGAGGGAAGGAAAGACAUUUAUUUUUAUACAACUGAUUAAAUGAAAAAUUUAAUUUCAGCAGGAUUCAUUAAAAAAAAAAGGUAUUUAAAAUCUGGGUUCUGUAGCUAUCCAGUCAUGUGAAUGCUUAAUUGUUGUAUGUUGAAUAGAUAUUAAAAAUAAGUCACUGGACACCUGGAACUACCAUCGCAUUUAAAUGAGACAGUGUUGGAGAGUAUUUCUUGAAUUAAAAUGUUCGUUUAUCCAUAUUCAAAUAUUUUAAUCCUUCAAAUUUGUUGUUUCUCCACUUUUGUUUAGAACUAUUAUGAAUGUUCGUGUAUUCUUUUGAAUUGUGCCUUUGUGUCUGUGUCAAGUCAACUGAGAAAAGUCAUACAAAUAAUGUGAAAGUUACUGCCACAGCAUGAAUGUACGAUUGUAUUAAAUUUAAUCCACAGAAGUCUGUUUGGAUGUGCUUUAUGUUACUCUAUUUGU